UCUGGGCAGAUUCUUUCCAAUCUCUUCGGUAGGUCCUGUAGAAACCUUCAGCAACGCGCGAGUGGUAGAGGCGAUUAGAGCUGCUGGUUCAGCAUGCGGUGCGCUAGCCCCGCUGCCGUGAUGGCAUUUUGUGCUGGGCUUUGGGUCUCGAAUCCGGUGCCGGCCCAGGGCCAGGAGGCUUGGGGACGGCCGGAGACUGACUGUGAAGUGUGUCAAGAAUUCUUGAACCGAUUCUACAACUACUUGACAGCCAAAGGAGUUCAUUUUUCACUGGACACUAUAGAAAAGGAAUUGAUCAGCUUUUGCUUGGAUACCAAAGGAAAAGAAAACCGCCUGUGCUAUUAUCUAGGAGCCACAAAAGAUGCUGCCACCAAAAUCCUAAGUGAAGUCACACGCCCCAUGAGUGUACAUAUGCCUGCAAUGAAGAUAUGUCAGAAGCUGAAGAAAAUGGACAGCCAGAUCUGUGAGCUGAAAUAUGAAAAGAACUUGGACUUGGCAUCUGUGGAUCUUCAGAAAAUGAGAGUGGCAGAACUGAAACAGAUACUGCACAGCUGGGGUGAGGAGUGCAGGGCCUGUGCAGAGAAAACUGACUAUGUGAAUCUGAUCAAAGAACUAGCACCCAAAUACACAGCAGUGCACCCCAAACCUGAACUCUGAUGGAUACCAAUACACCAUGAAUUGUAAUUAGAGAGAAAAUGACACUUGAGGACAAGGACAUGUUUGUUAAAAAUGACUAGGGAUGGUACUGCAUUGGGUCUCAAGCUUUUUGGCCCUAAUAUUAUAUAUCAGAAUUUUGUUACUUAGGCUUAUAACUAAAAUUACUAAUAUCAUUGGCAUCUUACAAAUGUACUAGAACCUAAAAGUGCCUUUCGCAUAAUUUUCUUUGAAGAACUAUGUAAGUUAUCAUUGCCUACCUCUAAAAUUGGGGGAAAUGAACUACCUAAAAUUGAUGAAGUAAAUUGAUCAUAGGGUGAAAGGAGUGCUCACAUAUUUCUCUUUGUACAAGAUUUUUAAAUUAAAUACAUUAUACUAGAACAAAAGAAACAACAGCUAGUUUAUCUGACCCACAACUUCAACCUCAAAUAAUUACUGAACAUAAUCAAAAGGGUUUAUAUAUGUAUGUGUAUGUGUGUGUGUGAGUGUGUGUGUGUGUGUAUAUAUAAAUAUAUAUGUAUAUAUAUGUACAUAUAUUUUACAUGUUCUAUUUUCAACUGCAAAUCAUGUACAUUCUGGCUCUUUGAUGUCAGAAUGGUAAUGCAGUCUGCUGGAAGUUAGUGUUUCCCAUCUGAGGAAAACAUACUUAAACCUACUUAAAAAAAUAGAUUAAGACUCUACAUAAGAAUAGUCAAUGUUUUGGCAAGUUGUAAUUGUGCUUGAAUUGCUAAGUGAACCAAGCUCAAAGUCUUAUUCAUUGUCUAUUAUUGCACAUCAGAUGGACUUUUGAUAGAGGAUUAAAGCAUAUUAAGAGCACUUGCAGACAGCAUGGAACUUUAUGGUUCUUAAUGCUGUUUUAUAAGCUUUAAAUUAUAAAGUAGUACUCAGUUCUGUUUUCCCACCACAGAAGGAAAAGAAACCCAUGGUAGAAAUGGUUGCUUUGCAUGGGGGUGGAAGUGGGGGAAGACUCAAGAGCAGGGUUUCUCUGAAACUUUCUGUGGUGAUGGGAAUGUCCUACAUCUAAAUUGGGUGAUCAUGAAUGUGAUUGUCACACUCAUCCAGUAGUACAAUUAAGAUCAGGGAAAUUUGUAUAUGUAAAAAAACUGCCUUAACUCUGCGGUUCAGGAGGCUGAGGCAUGAGGAUUGAGAGUUCAAGCUAUCCUCAGCAAUGGGGAGGUGCUAAGCAACUCAG